AUGAAUACGACUCUACUGGCUAGCUCUCCCACAACUAAAACAAAAAGGCGAUAUUCGCACGAUGAACCUACUCCCAAGAAACAGCAACGUAGUAAGUUGGUAUCUAUUGACAAUACCAACGAUCAGAAACACAUCGACCAGCUUAAGAACCAGUACCCAGUAUUUCAUCAUCCUGAUGGAGGUUUUAUUCAGUUCACUCCUAACGGCAAUAUCCGUACCAUUUUUCAGGAUAACAAACAAAUUUCGAUUGUGGAGACUAGUUCGUCUUUUGAUUUGGCCCACAUAGACAAGGGAAUAGAUGGAUAUUCCGUUGUUAACCAAGACAAGUUCAAUGUCGCUACGAAUAAUUCCAGCAACCCAAGCCCUUCCAAUGAAAUUGAAGCAUACAUGAGAGAGGGCUAUAAUAACUCGAAAUACUAUUAUUUGGACUCUGAAAACGAUACUGCGAACAAAAUGGCAUACUAUUUUAACGAUGAUGACGAAGACUUUUCCGACUAUGAGUGA